AUGUCUCUCGUGGGUAUCUCUCCGUCUGAUAUCGUCAAUGGCGUCCAUGCGGCCAAGACGAUUAUUGAGGCAGUGAGAGACGACAAUGGCUCGGAAGAAAAAGUGCUCGCCGCAUCAACAGGAAUCCAUCACCACCUAGAAUCCAUCAAAAAUUUCGAGAAUGCUUUGAACAGCAUGCCGCAGGAGAGCUCAGCCUCCAAAACACAAGUUCAAAGCCGAGUCAUGAGCCUCCGAACAAUUCAGGAAGCCCAAAAAUCUCGACUCGCGAAAUACAAAGACCCGUUGAUAAACAGAACCGGCUGCAAGGCGAAAGUCAAACGGGUCUAUCGCCAGCUUGCAUGGCCUUUCAGUGGUGAGAAAGACUUCGCUGAUGCCACUGCGCGAGUAGCAUCUGCUUCAGAUGCGGUGCACUUGGACGCCGUCGUUCUCACUGCGGAGUGUAUACAAGCAAAGGUUGACAAGAUGGAAGACCUGGUGUUGCAUAAACUCGAUUCGAUCACCGAGAGAAUUCAAGCCGCUCAAGAGCAAUCCGCUGAGUGCGCUCGACAGAUCCAGGACAAGGUCUCUCUAUCUCAAAACUGCCUCUCAAGUCUGAUACAGAAUAUGCAGCAUGAUUUAAUGAAAGAUCCCCGCCAGCACCCUGGAGUGGCUGUUGUUCGCAUGGAGGAACCCCCGGAGACAAGCGAGCAAACACAUCUUCUGGAUACAUACAUCAAGUCUCAUGGAGCAGUACCAUUGUCUAGGGAGCGUUCACAGCAUUUUCCCGAAAACUUCUCAAAGCUCCCUGAACAUCUCAUUAUGCCUCUCUUACUUGCGGUGUUAGCUUGUCUCACCACACGACAGCGGCUGGAAAGUAUGCUUCGAGACUUUAUCACUCUAACAAAGAAUGACCCGGCGUCUGCAGCUCUGAUUGCGUGUCUCCUCAUAGCGUUUUCACGCAUCACUUUCCGACUGUCUCUGCCCCUGUCCAUACUUGGCGCUGACCAUGUCAUCUUCGAAGAUGCUUUCGGAUCAUCAUGGAGACUGCCCUUCACGACUUGUCAACAUCAGUCGGGGUCAGCUGGUGACGGUGCAGACUUGGAGUGA